GUCACGUGGUCAGUGACGCCGUAAUCUGAGUCGUAACUUCCUUGUUUUUGUCGGAACCAUUAAACUGAAACCAUUCCAGUAAUAUACGGCCCGAAUAAACAGGAGACGAAAUGCAUAUUACCAGAUCCGUCACUUACAGGCGGAGACGGCAAGGCGGCACAGCCUAGGAGCUCUCCCUUAUUCCAGAUCCUUCCAUCUGUCUCCCUCUUUAUGUGUGAAUCAUGAUGCUGUGCUGGGGAAGCAGUGCCUCGGGUCAGCUGGGCAUCGGUGCGUCGGAGGCGUCUGUCUUCGAGCCGAGGAGCUGUUGCAUGUUCGACGGGAGGGGUCUUAAAGAAAUUGCGUGCGGGAGCCAUCAUUCGCUCUUCUUGUUGCAUGAUGGGAGCGUUUACGCCUGUGGCUCCAACACCUGCGGUCAGCUGGGCCAUGACAAGGGAGGAUGGAGGCCAGAGCUGGUAGGAGCUCUGGAUGCUCAAAAGAUCUCCGGCGUGUCGUGUGGGCAGGCUCACUCUCUAGCGGUGAACGAGCAGGGCCAGGUGUUUGCCUGGGGUGCCGGAGAAGGAGGGCAGCUCGGUCUGGGUACGGCUGAAGAGGCGGUCCGCGUGCCCAGGUUGAUUAAAAAGUUGUGCGAGCAUCGAAUAUCACAAGUAAUGUGUGGCAACCAUCACUGCAUAGCACUUGCAAAAGAUGGUCAGUUGUUCGUAUGGGGAGAAAACUCCAGCGGUCAGCUGGGUUUAGGAAAGGGAGAGCCCAGCACUUUGUCUCCUCAACCGCUCAAAUCACUAUGUGGGAUCCCACUGGCUCAAAUCAGCGCUGGAGGAGACCACAGCUUCGCCCUGUCGCUCUCUGGAGCCGUGUUCGGAUGGGGGAAGAACAGUGCCGGGCAGCUAGGCCUCAAUGACGAGCAAGACCGGGCUGUUCCCUGUCACAUCAAGUUCCUGAGGUCACAGAAGGUGGUGUACAUCAGCUGUGGAGAAGAGCACACAGCUGCCUUGACAAAGGAAGGGGGUCUGUUCACAUUUGGAAACGGUUCAAAAGGACAGCUGGGCCACGAUUCCACCAGAAACGAGCCUCUUCCACGCAGAGUUAUGGAGCUCAUGGGCACUGAGGUGUCUCAGAUCGCUUGUGGGCGGCACCACACCCUGGCAUUCGUGCCCUCCACUGGUCUGGUUUAUGCCUUUGGCUGCAACACUCAGGGCCAGCUGGGUACAGGCCUCAGAGGAAAUGCUAAGAGCCCACUUCCUGUCAGGAACAUCCAACCCCUGUGCAUUGGAAACACACACACAAAAGGCGAGCGCUACACCAUCCGUAAAAUUCACAGUGGAGGCGAUCACAACUUCCUCUUCUUGUCUGCUAAGGAGGGUUCAUCUUGUCCUGAGGAUUUCCGUAUUAUGAAUACCACCAAAAGCAUCGCUCUGAUUAAUUCUGAGAGUCUGGACAGCUGGAGGAUGAAGCUCCAUGACAACAGCGAUUCGAGUAUCACCAAUGACAUCAUACUCCUGUUUUCCUCCACUGCAUGUUGGAAUGCCAGCUUUUUGGACCAAAGUGAUGAUGGGCAUUUCAAAACUAACCCCAAAGUCCCAGGCAUCGAUUUCAGUGCUGUUAGGCUGCUUUUUGAGACGCUGAUGAAACCAGCCUUCGCAAGACUUUUGGAGCAGGCUACAAAGAGCUUUGAGAGUCUCCUGAUCCCCCAGCUGCCCUGCUCUCCUCCAGACGUGGAAGCUAUGCGGAUCUACCUGAUCCUCUCUGAAUGUCCCGCUCUCCAGGACUCCAAAAACUACAUCUCUCUCACCAUCCCUCUAGCCAUGGCCAUCCUCAGACUGGACGCCAACCCCAGCAAAGUGCUCGAUAACUGGUGGUCUCUAAUGGAUUGUGAGGUUUUCUCCAGACUGGUGGAGAUGUACAAAAGCAUUGUUGUGUUUCUGUUGACCGGAGGGAAGGCGCUCCUGAUGCCCGUGUUUUUAGAGAGCUACACCAGUGCCGCCCUGCGACUGCUGGAGAAACUACACAAGGUCAACCUGAAAGCCCAUCGUGUGGAAUACAACCACUUCUACAUCCCUGAUGUCACCACCCUGGUGGACAUCCAGGAAGACUACCUCAAAUGGUUUCUGCGCAAAGCUGAUAUUAAAAUGCGAUACCCUCCAGUGCAGGGUUCUGUCACGUUAUGUGCCUAUCCGUUCAUAUUGAACGCGCAAGCCAAGACAACUGUGCUGCAAACAGAUGCUGAGCUGCAAAUGCAGAUGGCAGUAAGCGGCGCUAACUUGCACAACGUCUUCAUGCUGUUGACAAUGGAGCCUUUGCUGGCAAGAAACCCUUUCCUGGUGCUUCACGUACGAAGGAACCACUUAGUCAGCGAUGCUCUCCGAGAGCUUACAGUCUACAAUGAUGUAGACUUGAAGAAGCCGCUUAAGGUCAUCUUUGAUGGAGAGGAAGCUGUGGAUGCCGGAGGAGUCACUAAGGAGUUUUUCUUGCUCUUGCUAAAAGAGCUGAUGGAUCCGAUCUAUGGCAUGUUCACCCAAUAUUCAGAGUCCAACCUGCUGUGGUUCUCUGACAAAUGUUUUGUGGAGCACAAUUGGUUCCACUUGAUUGGGAUCAUUUGUGGUUUGGCCAUCUAUAACUCCACUGUGGUGGACCUGCACUUUCCCCUGGUGCUCUACAAGAAGCUUCUGAACGUUUCGCCCACUCUGGAUGACCUAAAAGAGCUUUCACCUACAGAGGGAAGGAGUCUUCAGCAGCUGCUGGAGUAUGAGGGUGAUGUGGAGGAGACCUUCUGUCUGAACUUUGCAAUUACGAGAGAGUAUUACGGGAUCACUGAGGUUAAAGAGCUGGUACAGGGCGGAAAGACCAUCGCUGUGGACAAGACGAACAGAAAGGAGUUUGUUCAGGCGUAUCUGCAGUAUGUAUUCAGUGACGCUGUACAGGAGCAGUAUUCGGCCUUCUCCAGCGGUUUUCUGAAGGUCUGUGGUGGGGAGAUUCUUUCUCUCUUCCAGCCCUCUGAACUCAUGGCCAUGGUGGUGGGCAACAACAACUACAACUGGGAGGAGAUGGAGAAGAAUGCCUCCUACAAGGGCGAGUUCUCUGCAUCCCACCCAACAGUUAAGAUGUUUUGGGAGGUGUUUCAUGAGUUUCCCUUGGAGAAAAAGAAACAGUUUUUAUUGUUUUUGACAGGCAGUGACCGCAUCCCCAUCCACGGCAUGGCCAGUCUACGCAUCGUCAUUCAGUCCACUGCUGCGGAAGAGCACUACCUUCCUGUGGCCCACACUUGCUAUAACAUGCUGGACAUGCCCUGCUACCAGACCAAAGAGACCCUGCGGCACCGGCUCACGCAAGCCGUGGAGCAGUACGAGGGCUUCAGUCUGGUCUGAGCGGGAUCUACAGAGGUGGCUUUUCUGUAUGCUGACACUGCACUUUAAACCUGUGGAGAAAUGGAAACGAACGCUGCUCUCACAUUUAUUUUACCACAGACGAGCACAUCCUGAAUCUCAUAUGAGUAAAUCUAUUAUUUUCUUAUUUUUACAGACUGACUCUGACUUGCUUAUUUGGUGGAAUCUUGAGAUGUGCACCGUUUUUGUUUGUUUGCUUUUUGGUUAUAAAAAUUUAUAUUUUUUAAAUGACAGAAAUAAAUUAUAAGGUUAGGAUUGAGUUGUUGGCUAAAUAAAUUAAUUUGACUUAUUUGAUAUAUUUUGUAAAUGUAAUUUGUUUUUGAAUCAGAUUUUAAAACCGAUAGGUUGCUCUUGUCGAGACCAUGUUAUUUUGCUAGGGGUGUCCAAACCUGUUCCUGUCCAGAGGCAGAGUUUAGCUCCAACCCUAGUUUAACACACCUGAACCAGCUAAUCAAGGUCUUCAGAUCAAUUAGAAACUUACAGGCAAGUGUGUGUUGGAACUGGUUGGAACGAAACUCAAAACUUUUCUUCAGGAGCAAGAUUGGUCACCCCUGUUGUUUUAUUAUUUUAAAUUUUUGGAAGGAAGGAAGCAAAUUUGGAGCAAAUUUAUUAGUUAAAAUAUAUGAAAUGCCCAAUAAUCACUCAUUGAUCAUAUGUGGGUGAUUAAUCCCAUUCAGAAAGAGCCAUCGCAACCCUACAAAUCGGGGGCUCGUCCAGGAUCGAGACGGUAGAGAUAAUAUAGCCCCAUCAGCACAGUACACCCAACGGACAGUUUUAGACCCGAUAGAUUUAAGGUUGCCCAAACCUAAGUUGCUCUUGUCUAGACCACGUUAUUUUGCUAGGGGUGUUCAAACGUGUUCUUGGAGGGCCACUGUUUGGCAGAGCUUAGCUGUAACCCUAAUUUAACCUGAACUAGCUAAUUUGGGUUUUCAGAUCAACUAGAAACUUAUAGGCAAGUGUUUUGGAACUGGUUGGAACAAAACUUAAACUUUUCUUCAGGAGCAAGAUUGGACAGCCCUGUUAUUUUGCCAUUUUGAUUUUCUGGAAGGAAGUGAACUACUAGUUAAAUUUACUAGUUAAAAUGUCUGAAACACCCACCAGUCACUCAUUAUUGACCAUAUAUGGGUGAUUAUUCCCAUUCAGAAAGAGCCAUCGCAACCCUACAAAUUGGGGGCUCGUCCAGGAUAAAGACAGUAGAGACAAUACAGCCCCAUCAGCAUAAUACAGCAGACAGACAGUUUAAGGCCAAAUAGGUUUAAGGGUGUCCAAACCUAGGUUGCUUUGCCUAGACCCAGUUAUUUUGCUAGGGGUGUCUAAACGUGUUCCUGUAGGGCCACUGUCCGGCAGAGUGUAGGUGCAACCCUAAUUUAAGACACCUUAAUUAGCUAAUUAAGGUCCUCGGAUCAAGUAGAAACUUCUGGGCAAGUGUGUUGGAAUGGAACUGAAAUCUUCUCUAGGAGCACGACUGUACAGCCAUUUUUUUUUUUUUGCUAUUUUGAAUUUCUGUAAAGAAGUAAACAAAUUUGGAUCAAAUUGACUAGUUAAAGUAUAUAAAACACCAAUCAAUCACUCAUUAUUGACCAUAGAUGGGUGAUUAAUCCCAUUCAGAAAGAGCCAUUGUAAACCUACAAAUUGGGGGCUCGUCUAUAUAGCCCCAUCACCACAGUACAUCAGACAGACAAUUUUAGGCCCAAAACAUUUAAGGGUCUCCAAACCUUGGUUGCUCUUGUCUAGACCACGUUAUUUUGCUAGGGCUGUCCAAACCUGUUCCUGGAGGCCCACUGUCCGGCAGAGUUUAACACACCUGAACUACCUAAUAAAGGUAUUCAGAUAAACUUGAAACUUACAGGCAAAUGGUUGGAAUGAAACUCAACUUUUCUCCAGGAGCAAGAUUGGACACCCCCAUUAUUUUGCGGUUUUGAAUUUAUGGAAGUAAACAAAUUUGGAAUAAAUUUACUAGUUAAAGUAUAUGAAACGCCCAUCAAUCACUCAUCAUUAACCACAAAUGAGUGGUUUUCCGUUAUUUUACUAGGGGUUAUUACGUUAUUUUGCUAGGGGUGUCCAAACUUGUUCCUGGAGGGCCACUGUUUGGCAGUGUUUUAGCUCCAACCCUAAUUUAACACACCCAAACCAGCUAAUCAAGGUCUUAAGAUCAACUAGAGACUUAUAGGCAAGUGUGUGUUGGAACUGGUUGGACCAAAACUCACGAUUUAUCCAAGAGCAAGAUUGGACACCCCCCCGUUAUUUUGCUGUUUUGAAUUUCCAGAAGGAAGUAAACAAAUUUGGAACAAAUUGACUUAAAGUAUAUGAAACCAUCAAUCAUCAACCACUCAUUAUUGACCAUAGAUGGGUGAUUAAUCCCAUUCUGAAAGAGCCAUUGCAACCUUACAAAUCGGGGGCUUGCCCGGGAGCAAGACUGUUAAGGUAACACAGCCCCAUUAGCACAGUAAACCAGACAGUUUCAGGCCCAAUACAUUUAGGAUGUCUAAAGCUAGGUUGCUCUUGUCUAGACCAUGUUAUUUUGCUAGGGGUGUCCAGACCUGUUCCUGAAGGGCCACUUGUCCUGCAGUGUUUCGCUCCCACACUAAUUUAACACACCUGAACUAGCUAAUCAAGGUCUUCAGAUCAACUAGAAACUUGCAGGCAACAUGUUGGAACGAAACUCAACUUUUCUCCAUGAGCAAGACUGGACACCCUUAUUUUGCCAUUCUGAAUUUCUGGAAAGAAGUAAACAAAUUUGGAACAAAUCUACUAGUUAAAGCAGGGGUGCCCAAACUUAGUCCUGGAGAGCUGGUGUCUUGCAGACCCCAAUUAGACACAUGUGAACCAGCUAAUCAAGCUCUUACUAGCAGUGUUGCCCUUGAAAUUGGGCUACUUUAACACUGUUGCCGCAGGUUGUUUUUCAUGUCCGGCGGUUGAAGAGACCCCAAAAAACGAGAUAUUUAUUACCUGAAAUGUGAGUUUUACCAGGGGAACGACGCAAAAAACAUGUAUUUUACCCUGCUGAAUGUGAUUUAUUAUACAACUCGGGAUGCCCGUAGCGCAGUGGCGCUGUAUGUCGGCACGCUGCCCACAAGGCUGUCGGGACUGACCCAAAUGCGAUUUUUAAAUGCGGAACCCCCCCUCUAAACACGAUAGGGCUAGUUUUGAGGAGCAAUUGGGUGGAUUUUGUUGUGAAAACCUGGCAACCCUGCUUACUAGGCAUACUAGAAACUUCCAGCAGGCAAAUUGGAUCUAAGCUCCAGGACCGAGUUUGGGCACCGCUGAGUUAAAGUAUACGAAACAUCCAUCAAUCACUCAUCGACCAUAUUUGAGUGAUCAGUCCCAUUUAGAAAGAGCCAUCGCAACCCUGCAAAUCGGGGGCUCGUCCGGGAUCAGCAAAGUGCACCAGACAGAAGUUUCAGGCGUAAUACAUUUAACUCGAUGAAUAAUCACUUUUGUUUCCUCACUUUACCAAUUCAGUCCAUGCUUAGACCAGACGUUAUGCGUUUUCCAUUUCACUGGUUUUCCUUUCAUGUACGGUAGCAAGCCAUUAGCAUAAAAAUGUCUCUUAUUAAUGAUAGGCAUGCAUGAGCAUGCCAUGCCCAGGGUGAACGCUGAAGCUGCUUUUCUGAAAUAUUUUAAUUAACCGUGUGGAAAAAAAAUCUGAUAUUUCUCUUAAAGUGACAACGGUUGAGAUUUCAUUGAGGAACAAAUCCAGCAAUAACUACUGGUUGAUGUACGUGUACUAGUUAUGGGAUUUUAAUUAUGUUUUAAUCCAACAAAUGUGAAUAUUCUAACAACUGUGUUCUUCUUCCGGUCAAUCCAUUGCCGCUUUCAAUUUAAUCCCUCCUGUUGUUUCACAGGAAGGUCAUAUGCUGUAAAGGGGAUUUGUUUUCUACUCGCAUUUUCUUUCCGAAUGGAGCAUUAAUGUUGGGUUGUUAUUAAAAAUGGAUCAGAGCGGCUUACCUUUGUGGUUUUCCGAUACGGUGGACAAAACAGAACUGUCACGGCGAGGUGUUCGCUGUGGCCUGUGGUGUUUUGCAUCUAGCUGCAUGAGAUGUAUUUGUUUGUACUUGAUGGAAGGUCAUAUAAAGAAGUGUUUCUAUCCAACUUACUCCUUUCUGUCAAUGUAUGCAAACAAGGGCUUCUUAGUGGCUACCGAUGCAUUGUUAUUUUAGUAAAGUAUAUUUACUUUUAUAGCUUUCAAAUGGAAUAUAUUGUUUUAUCUAUUUUUUUCCAGAACAAUAAAAUGAUUUCACCUCAGA